CGUGCUUGCUCUCUUCAUCAAACGGCAUUCCUAUACUUCUCGUACAGAACUCUAGUCCUCAGUUAAGUCGCCAUCGCCCCUCCUCAUCUGGUUGGGAUGUCCUUUUGCCUCGUUAUAUUGACUCCUUUAAGUUAGGUCCCGCUAACAAACGAUUAUCUACAGCUUCUGCGCCAGAACACAUACACUUAUCUGCUUUUUGUGCGGUUGAAGAGAACUCUUCGCCGGCUAACAAUCCUCCACUUGGAGUUAAUUCAUCAAGUCCUCAAGACACACCUAAUCCCAACCUAGCAACGGUUUCAGUUUCUUCGCUAUCAGCAAAAUUGAAAAACAUGCAUACUUCUUCUCUGGUUCAGCUCGACCUUCGUGGUACUCUGGCUACCAGAGAUUUGCUAAUCGCUUGUGUCUAUCGGGGUGCAUUAGUUGGCGGCCUCCGUGACCUGGAAGUAUUCUCCUGCAUAACAUCUCAGGCUGGAGCAUUAGCAGAUGCCUUCCCGCUUGUCGGUUGGCCUGACACCCCUGCUGGGAUCAGGGCCCAUACGGAGUUAGCUGGUGAAAAGCAAGCUAGGUACAUGUUACUAAAGAACAGCUUAAGAAUAGGUUAA